CCGGUUUGACCGCAGCAAUUUAUGCCAAAAGAGCUUUGUUGAAAACUUUGAUUUUCGAAAAAGAUUUAGCCGGUGGUAAGUUAAACAAAACUGCCGAUGUGGAAAAUUAUCCUGGUUUUCCUAAAAUAGGCGGUCCAGAAUUAGCCACUGCAAUGACUAACCAUGUCUCCAGUUUAGGUGGCUUUCCUAGUUUAAGUCUACCAAUUGGAUUUGUUAAUGGCUUGCCGGUAAGUAUUAAUGCCAACACUGCUUAUCAACAAGACAAUUUAUUACUCCAACUAGGCGAACUAUUAGAAGAAAAAUUACUUUAA